AUGGGAGAGCUCAUGGCCAUAAUCAAGAAGGAUUGCGUCCACGAAGAAGCCAUGGCCGAGCGGAAUACUUCAAAGGUUCCCGAACCUACCAAGACAACAGGGGCGAAGAAACAAGUAUCAAACGUCCGCCAGGGACAAAGAGACCGGGGCGGCUUAGGCCAAGCAACCAACAAGCCGAGCAACAAAGGUCGACCUUCGCAGCACCCUCAGCUGCAGUCGUGGCCACAAACGAAGAGGGAGCCACGGCCAGACGAGUACGUUGCCGAGCAUACUGUAUUCACCGAACCUAUCUAUAAACUCCUCAACAUCAUUGGCAAAUUGCCAUUCUUUGUUUGGCCAACGGUACUCUUGGGCACCGUCAGUAGCGAACCAGGGAUGUGCACGUACCACAAGGAGCGCGGCCACUACACCACGCAAUGCCCGCCUUUCAAACGGUAUCUAGAAGAGCUUGCAGCGGUUGGGCACCUGAAUCAGUGGAUCGACGUUCGGCGAAAUCCACUUCCACCACCUCCUCCUCUUAUCGGCAAUCUUGUAAGCGUAAUACAAGGAUUGGUUUCCGAAGGAAGGGCGGCCGAGCUUCGCUCAGAAAUUGACAGAGCCGUCUCCACUUUAUCCGUUUGCAACAUUGGCGCUUCGGGCAAGCGAAAGUGGGAGGAUCCGAGCAUCGACUGUGCUAUGACCUUUUCGUCCGACGACUUGAAAGGUGUUCAAGUCCCUCAUACGGACGCCCUCGUCGUUACUAUUGCUAUUGAAAAAUCAACCGUACAACGAGUAUUGAUAGACCAAGGAAGCUCGGCGAACGUGAUGUUUUACUCAACAUUCCUGAGCCUUGGAUUAUCUCCCGCUCAGCUUCGGACAGCAUCAACUCCACUUGUUAGCUUCACUGGAGCCCCGGUUUGGCCGCUCGGCUUGAUCACUCUUCCUGUGCGGGCGGGAUCACGUGUUCUCCAAAUUGAAUUCGUGGUGGUCGCUUCUCCGAGUCCAUACAACGUCAUACUCGGCCGAACCUGGUUGCAUGAAAUGAGGGCAGUCGCCUCUACCUAUCACCAGGUGGUCAAAUUUAUUGGAUGGAAUGGGCGUCAGGAGAGCCUACGAGGAGACCAAAUCCAAUCGAAGAAAUGCUACAUCAGCACUGUAACGAACAAACAGAGCUGUAUGGAAGUACAAUGA